GCUUUGUUCUCUGUCGGGCUGGGCAGAGGCAGGAGGGUCCCGCGGAGGAUGGAGGAAAAACUCCCCAGCGGCAUCAAGCCCUACCUGGACAAGCUCACCUUGGGCGUCACAAGGAUACUGGAGACUUCCCCUGGAGUUGCUGAGGUGAAUUUUGUGGAAAAGGAGCCAGCUGAACGCCACACAAUUGUCUCUUGGGAACAAAAAAACUCCUGUGUAUUACCUGAGGAUUUAAAGAAUUUCUAUCUGAUGACCGAUGGCUUCCAGAUGACCUGGAGUGUGAAGACUGAUGAUACCCCGAUGCCCCUGGGCUCCAUGGUGAUUAACAGUGUCUCCAAGCUGUGUAGGCUUGGGGGUUCCUCUAUGUACACUCUGCCUAGUGCUCCAACUCUUGCUGACCUGGAAGAUGACACAGACGAGGAAGGUAAUGGAGACAAACCAGAGAAGCCACACUUUGAUUCUCGUAGUCUUGUCUUUGAAUUAGACCCAUGCAAUGGGAAUGGGAAAGUGUGUCUUGUUUAUAAGCAUGCUGAACCAGUGGUCUCCCAAGACACAGAGAUCUGGUUCCUGGACAGAGCUCUGUAUUGGCAUUUCCUGACCAAAACCUUCACGGCCUACUACCGCCUGCUCAUCACCCACCUGGGUCUGCCACAGUGGCAGUAUGCCUUCACCAGCUAUGGGGUCAGCCCCCAGGCCAAGCAAUGGUUUAACAUGUAUAAACCCAUAACCAUCAACACAGCACUCCUGUCUGAAGAAGCUGAUUCCUUUGUGAACAAGCUGGACCCCAAUAAGGUAUUUAAAAGCAAGAACAAAACUCCAGUGCUCAAGAAAAAACAACCUUCACAGCCACCAGGCUCCCAAAAGAGUCAAACAAGCAUGACCUCUGCCAAGACAUCCUCACUAGCUGGGAAUUCUUCAAGGAAGUGAGCCCACCAGAUCUGACCCUGGACAACAUUUGCAAUAAGCUUUGAUGUUUUCUGCUGCAGAGUGUCUGUGGUUCAGACCAAGUUCCUUGUGCAUGAAUAGAUGUGCCCAUGGGAAGCACAUUGCAGCACUUGCAUGAAAUAUAGCCACGAUGUGAUGUAGUUCCUGGAGGAUCCCAAAAAAAAAAUGGAUACAUCAAUUUUAUUCCCUUCUGCUGCCUGCAGCAUGUGCUUUCCAGAGGACACGAAGAAACCUUAGAUGUCAGUGCUGCACAGAGAAGCUUUUGUUCCUUUACAACUGCAACAGUGAAAUGAAAGCAAAUGUAAUUCACUGUAACUUUAACCAGACCCAUGUUGAAGUAGAGGGUGUGAAGAUGUUUCUGCCACGUCCUUUGAAAGAAAACUGUCCUGACCUUGCAUGCUGUGGGAGCAGGCUGCAAUCCACUGAACACAGAAGUGUCUUUCACUCCAGAUAGAAUCAGACUCUGCACUUCCCUGUGCUUCAUCCAGCUUCUGCUCUGAGAUUCAUGGUACAAUGGGACUUGUGACUUCCAUGUGUCUGCAUUAGCCUAGCCACUCACUCUGCAGCCCAGACCUCUUUUUGGCCUUUGUGGUUGUCCUAGAUUGCAAGGCAGUACAUGUAUUCUAUUUGCUAUCUGUUAGAGGUGUGGCAGUUAUCUUCUGUUAUUGUUGUCAUCAUAUUGCAAAAGUUCCAUACUGUUGUCUCCUUAUCACAAAAGUCUCAUUCCUUCUUGGUGUUUUCUCGUAGGCAGCUCCUCAGAGCACUGACUCUUUCUUCCUCACAAAGUAGCCAAGUGACUCCAAUUCCUCUCCACCAGCCAACCCACUCUUUUAUAGCACUCUUCUUCUCACUGGUCACUGCUGUGGCCUGUUAAAGUCAGGCCUGUUCCUAAUCUUUGGUAAAUUGGCCCAGCUGCAACUCCUUAGGGGUGAGAUUACUUUCUGCACUAUCUUUAUUUUCUUGUAUUCUAUCCCCCCACGUGUUAAUUGGGCAGUUUUCUUUGUCUCUUCCAAACUGCAGUCCUCCCUCCAGGAUGAUUAAUCUGCUGUUAAUGGGUUCUUGAGUUUCACUGUAUGACUGAUAAAAUUACAGCAUCCCAUUGUGAGAUGCUCCACCCAGGGGGAGGAGCCAAACAUUCCUAACUUGAUAUAAUCUAAGAUUUUGGGACACCAGAACAGCCUUUCCACUGUAUUCCCGGAAGAGCAGCUGCCUUUUCCACUGGAUCUUCAAAGAAAGACUACACCCUUCUACAGGAUCCCUGCUCCAGCAGAACCACACCUGCUGCUCCAGGAGGACUGCAGCAACCAUUCCAAUUGGACUGCUACCAACACCCUCAUCAACGGGGUGUCAGGUUGUAUGCUGACUCUCUCAGUGUUGUUUUGUAUUACUGCAUUAUUUUAUAUUUAUUUUCUUCCCUAAUAAAGAACUGUUAUUCCUGCUCCCAUAUCUUUGCCUGAGAGCCCCCCUUAAUUUCAAAUUUGUAACAAUUCAGAGGGAGGGCUUUUACAGUUUCCUGUUCAGGGGACGCUCUUGCCUUCCUUAGCAGACACCUGUCUUUUCAAACCAAGACAGUGCUGUAUCUUUUCAAAUGGUGACAUGAUUUGCCGUAAUCCUGAAGCCAGAAGCAGCAAUCCUUUGUUGCUUCCCUUUGUGGGAACUGCUGAGCAGAGAGUCAAUGGUGUUGAGUCCCGUCAGCCAGGAGGACUUCUUGGUUUGUCACACAUUCAUUUGCAAAGCUGACCAUUGAAACAGACACUUUGCAGUUGGGCAGGAUCUCACCAGGGGCCACUGAGUUCCUACAGCCUUAGAAGCCCCUGAUGCUGUUUUUUGUACUGUAAGUUUUCAGACUAGAACUGCACUUUAACCCAUUUACUGCUGGUUUUCAGUUACUCCUGUUUGUUUCUAUUACUUUUCUAUGCUAUUUUGUCUUCCAAAUACACUGGAAUCAUGGCAGCACCCAACACAUUUUGUGACUGAAUGUGGAAAUCAAAAUCACUGUUUUCAAGCAUUGACUAUUUAAACAGCAUCAUCUCUAAUUUUUGAAUAACUACCACAUAAUUACACAAGACAAACCUACCUCACAGGGAUGUUGUGAGGCUUUCAUGAGUAUGUGUAUGGCCUUCAGAAAGAUGAAGCCAUCCUGUAAGUGCUUAAUUGUAUUUUAAUAAAUAUUUGAGUAUUUUCCUCCAAAAUGAUUGGGUAUUUGAAGGUGCUUUGGAGAGCACUUGGACAUGGGGUGCAAAGGCAAGAGCAGUGUUCAGGAUGGAUUGUUUGAGGUGCUUCUUCAAGGCAUUAGAGAAUCUCUCCCUGAGAAGGGAUGGGUUACAGUGCUUUUAGCUUAUCCUUCUUGAGCUACUCAGAAAUUCCCAGUUUAUUUCACACAGGCCAGAAGACUGAACUUUGUGGCAGCUGUUCUACUUCUGGCCUGCAGUCACUGUGCAAAAUCUCUGCAGCCACCAGCCCAUGCUCAUGUACAUUUUGCUUCUCCCAGCACUGCCAAAGGCCCACCUUCAAAUGCCAUUGCUGCAUUGCCCUUCUCUGCCACCCCCAGAUGACAAGAAAUCCUCUGGUGCACCCUCUCAAGCCCAUGUGCAUCUUGAGACAGGUGCAGAUCUGUUGCAGCUGCUCUUACUGACAUGAAGUGAGCCCUAAUGAGAAAGCACACAUGUCAGUACUUCCCACCCUACCCCACCCCAGCCCA